AUGGAUCCAAGAUUGAUCGUAGCCACUCAAAUCGGAAGUAUUGAUAAAUUGGAUGCUCAUAUCCAUGAGAAUCUAUACAUUCUUGAAAUCUGAUGCAAUGCCUUUCAAUCUUUCAUUAACACUCCUCUUCAUGUAGCUUCUGCUUCUGGGAACCUUGCUUUUGCCAUGGAGCUGAUGAAUUUUAAGCCGUCUUUUGCUAGAAAACUUAACACAUAUGGGUUAAGUCCAUUACAUCUUGCUAUAGAUGAAGGUCAAACACGGUUGGUUCUAAGUUUACUCAAGGUUGAUCCUGACCUUGUUCGCCUCCGAGGAAGAGAAGGUACGACGCCGUUUCACCAAGUAGUGAGAAGAGGAGAGACUGAUCUUAUGACAAAGUUCCUCUUAGCUUGUCCUGGUUGCAUUAGAGAUGCAAACGUGUAUGGUAAAACCGCUCUAUACAUAGCGGUUUCGAACAAUAGACACGAAGAGCUUGAAGUACUUUUGGGAUGGGUCCAAAGACUGCGACAAACAGACGCUGAAUCACUAGAGAUGCAAUUUUUGAACAAACGUGAUCAAGACGGCAACAUAGCCUUACACAUAGCAGCAUAUCAGAACAAAUUCAAAGUAGUAAAGCUCUAGGUAAAAUGUUCGGCAGUUAACCAAAACAUCCAUAACAUGAUAGGUUUAACUGCCCUAGUUAUCUUACAUAACCAGAGAGAUCAUCACUCGAACAGUAACAUCGAAAACAUAAUCCAAAAAUGGGGAGGUAAGAGUGGAGACUCUCUACCGAAAUCCAAGAAAGUGUCGGAAAUCUUGAGGUCUCCCAUUAGUUUCAUAGAGCAUUUGUUCAUGCAAACAGCGCGGUAUAGGAACUAGACCUUCGAAGGAACACGUAGCGCGCUUCUAGUGAUAGCCGCACUGAUAAUUACAGCUACUUAUCAAACAGCUUUGCAGCCAGCAGGAGUUUUAUACCAAGAAAAUGCAGCAGAAGAAAUUAAAAAGACUGUUGCUGGUGAAGGCUAUGUAUGGUGGUUUCUAUGGAUAGCAGUGCCAUUGUAUGUUUCUUUCUUGGUUUCAAUGUCGGUUAUAUCUCUAGAUACAAUGUGGUACUUCUCGGCUAGUGUAGGUUCGGUUAUCAUCGUUGUUUUUGCUUACAUUGUUGUGUUUUUCUUGCUGUGAAAACGGUCUAAGAAGGUACCUGGAACCAGAAGCGAGCUGAUUCUUGAAGGCUUAACAACUCAAGAUUUAGCUAAAGGAUCAUAG